UUAAAACAACAUGAACAUGUAUUAAAUAGCCUUGCUGGCCUUUAAUGUAGGCUAGCCUAAAACCACAUCUGACUGAAGCGCUCCCAGAAUUUCUUGAAUAUUUUGUGAUGUAUUUUGAACCUACUGUGUAUUUGCUUAUUGGGCACAUGUUGUGUUCAGUGAUGUCUUCCUCGACAGUGUAUGUAGGCUCGCUCAUUGCCUCGUGCCACUGUCUGGUGUAGAUUUACGUCAGAAAAUAUGAUGCACAUUACGUUCCGACCAUUGUUUGUUGACAAGCCAGCAACUGCAACGAUCAUGUAGGUAAAUUCAAACUGAUUUCUCGUUUUACCAGUACAUCAUUUAACUAGGAUAUUAUUGACACGUAACCAGCAAGUUGGAUGCAUACAUAUUAGAUUAGAUACCAAGUCAACUGUCGAACAAGCUAAGUAGAGCUAGCUAACUAGUUCGCCUGUAGCUUUAACUGCUGUCUUCGCUGGCUAACGUUCAGAUGAAAUCGUUGGAAACGUCUUGGUUAGAGUGCAUGUAACUAGGUGGAUAUGAAAGAGUUUUAUUGAUCAGCUGAUAUUAACGUAGCUAGAUGAUAACUUGUCAUGUAAAGCAACUUCCCAAUGACUAACGAAAUCAGUGUUCAUAUUUCCAAGAUGGUAACUAUAUCUUUGAGAGAGGCUUGUUCUAAAUAUGGGAAAGUUUAAGUUGUUUUUUUUCCAGAACUGCACUACAACUGACGGGGGUAUUCCCCAACACAACAGACCAUCACUAAUCUGGAGCUGAUCCUCUUACCGUGGUACCAUGUGUUGCUAAGGAAUACUUCACUGCACACCGCACAAAGAGAAAACACCGAGGAAGCUCUGGUUGAUAUCACAAGGAUCAUACGCGAAUGUUGAUUUACACUUCGAAUGUUUAGGUGCCAUGUGGGUUUGUGAUGAUACGUCGUGCUAACUCAGAAAGAAAUGCUGCAGGCUUAAUUGGGAGCUGACAGAGCCUAGGAAUGGAUUGGAAUCCCAAGAGAAAACAGGAAAAAUGCCCCUCUAGGCCUCAGAAAGGAUUAGUGAAUAGGGGCUCUGUGUUGGAGGGCAAUCUGCACCCCCCCAGGGAAAAUGUCGAUGAGCUGGUGGAGCUUCUGUCAUCGCUGAGUGGGGAUCUUCCCUCCUCCUCCCUUACUUCCCCUGUCAUUGAGGGGGGAAGAAGGAAUGCAUGCAGGUCUGGGUCCAUCCUGAGACAGAGGAAUCUCAGCAGCCAGGUGGAGCCGACCUCCCCUAGCAGCAGGCAUGCUCUGCCUGCUCGGGAGGGCAAAUCUAAUAGAGCAGCUCACUUUGAAACAAUAAGUACCACGCCCAGGACUGUCAGGUUUGCCGAUUUGGAAAGACACCCUGACACCCCACGUCAUCCCGGCAAGCUAAUUGAAAGGGAUACGCUGUGUGCUCACAUGGAUUCUGAGAAACUCGGCAGUGGUGGCUAUUGGCAGGUGAAGAGAGAAUAUUCCACCCCUGCCAGCACAGCUCGGCUCCAAAGCCGCAAAGCCCCAGAGAUGUCACAGGGGAUUCUCCGCAGAGACACUGAAUUUGAUGCUCCUCUCUCUGAACCGGCGGGCAAACAGCCAGCAUAUUUUAAUAGAGACUUGACGGACUCCCACCAUGUGGAUCAUGCAGGUGACCUGUGUGAAGAUGAGACCGAGAGCUUGUCAGAUUUGCACGGUCUCCUCGAAUCUUCGUGGACAUCUGCGAGCUUGCACCGAUCAAUGCUGGACCUGGAGACGAGCGAGCAGCUGCUGUUGUCUGAGCUGGGCACUCUCUCACCAAAGGCGGAGGGUGAUGAUUUUUCCCAUCUGGACACACUUGAGUGCGCUGCGGAGGACGGCUCAGAUAUGUCUGCCUCUUACGAUGCGAACAUGCUGGGCUCUUUCUUUCAGAGCCAGCAAAGGGAAACCAGCUGUCACGCAGGCGGAAUAGAUUCCAGAGCAGGGAGGCCUGUUAUUAGCAAGGAGAACCGGGUUACCAGUCCCCUGCAUCACGGCGAUAUAGUGAUUAAUAGCAGGCGGUCCUCACAGCUUGUUAGGCCUCAUUCAGCGAGAACGUUAAAUCCCUCAUGGGUCCCAAUGGCACUGUCACAAGAUUACACAGGGAGCAGCCAAAAACAUCCGACAAGUGGCCCAGAAGAUGCCUUUUCUGUACACAGGACUGCCCCAGACCAGUACUUAGAGAAGCGCUGCAGUACACGCAGAGCCCUCUUCCAACAUGGAUUUAGUCGAGAAGAAGCCAGCACAGAAGGAAGAUUUUCUGAAGACUGUGCAAAGUUAUCCUGCACGAGCUUAAUUCAGGAAGAGAGCCAUUUCGAUGAAGAAGAAUCCCGUUCAUAUUCCCAUUCCACGGGCGCCAUAAAUACGAGUCCCUCGUUGGCUGCGUAUCACGUGACAGAAAGUACCGAGGUGCCUCGUUUCCGAUUGGUUAAGGAAAGACUUACAACAAAGGAGAAUUUAAUUAAAGACACUCGUGAGGUCGCCAAGGGAGAGGUCAGGCAUGGCCGUUUCUUAACGUGCCCUCAGGACUGUGGAGAUGGUCACCCACCAUUUGUGGAAAAGAGUAUAGGAAGACGAAAUGGAGGAACACGUGUGCCUGAUGCACUCCGUGGCACCUCCCACAUAGAUCAAAGGGGUGUGGCUCAGCCAUCCUCCACUGUGUGUGCAUUUAAAGAAGGUGCCUUUUGUGACAGUGAUGGAAAUCCUGGGGACAAAAGAAAGGAAGUGGUCCAAAGAGGAAAAGGAUUCUCUGCAGAUCAUCAGUUCUGGAGGCUUCCUGAUGCUGUGGAGGUGUGGAGCCCCAGUUCUGUUGUGACAGUGGAGGAAAGAUUGCGGCUGCUCUCACGAUGCCUCCAGACCUGGAGCCACAGGCGCAGAUGCCAAACAGCAGCACGGUGCCAGCACAGGAGGCGGGUCCUCAAGAGGGGCCUCUCCGCCCUGAAGUGGGCCGUCGCUAUGCGGGCAAUGCAGAUGGACGCCAUGGCAACAGGGAGGCGUGCCGCGCUCCUGUCUCGGUGCUUCGGUCAUUGGAAGGCCUGUUUCGAGCAGAAGCGGUGUUCAGCCCUCAGGCCCCGGCGGGACUCCGAUGCGAACGUGGAGGCGUUGAGGAGACGGCUUAUCCAGCCCAGCGACGGCCUGGUCCUCAGGAUGGCCUACUGUGCUUGGAGGAGGCACUUCCAAGGCCUGGAGCUGCUCAGAGCAGCUCACAUACACUACCAUCUGACUCUGCUCUUUAAGCACUGGCUGGAGUGGAGGAGGCGGAAGAUGAUGAGGGAGUCCAGGGUGCAGCUGGAGCGGCAGGCUGAGCUCCAUCAUGAUGCCGGACUGAAGAGACGGGCCCUGAUCACCUGGAGAUCAGCCUGGGACAAAGCGUGCCAGGCCCAGGCCCAUCACAGGGCCUUAUGUUUGGCUGCUGUGUGGAAGAGGUGGGCGGAGCUCGCGCGGAGAACACAGGCGAGGCUGCGGCAGCAGAGGCGGAGCGAGGGGCUCCACCAGAGGGCGCUGUUGGGGCCCUGCCUCAGUCGCUGGAGAGCCGGAGCGGAGCAGCACCGCAGCGCGAGGGACAGACAGAACAGGAUCGCCAGGACGGCUGCUCUGCGCUGGAAGGGCACUGCAAGGAGGAGGAGACUGGCUCGGCUCUGCUGCAAGGCAGAGCAACUGCUGGCCAAAAGGACCUUAUCCGGCAAGUGAAAAUUCUCUCCAUCCCUCUCACCGGUGAAGAGUUAAAGAACAGUGUCACGUUCCUUAGAAGGCUGGCAGAAGCUGAAAUUGGAUCCCCGAGGUUCAUGAGAU